AAACAAUUUAUUCAAUAAUAAAAAGCAAUAAAUAAUUGAUUUAAUUAUAAUUAAUAGAUAAUUAUGUCUGUAAUCAAAGUGGACAUCAAUUGGACACCAUUUCAGGACAGAUUCAUAACAUUUGCAAACGAUUUAAAACUAUUUCAAUGCGAAUCCAUUGGCAAAGAGUUGCUCAAGAGUUUCGCCGGGACACAGAUAUCGGACAAUACGAUCGCCAACAUCAUCGCCACCAACGGUGACGUCCAGUUUGUUAAAUGCAUAGCAUGUAAUCCCAAAACGAUUCAUUUGGAAAACGAUGUCCUGUUGGCCACCGGCCAGACCUCUGGCAAAGUACUGCUCACGUGUUUUCGCUAUAAUGCGGACAAUUCCGGAGUCGUUGGCCGAGAGUUUGUGCCGAAACACGCGCGACAAUGCAAU